UGAGAAUCUCAAUCUUUUCUACUCUCUGUCUCCCUAGCUUUGCCCCGGAGAGACAGAAAAGAUGGGGUUCAACAAGUUCAUAGUAGCUCUAUGUUUAAUGACAUUAACCAUAACUCCUGUCUCCCUAGCCCAGAAUUCUCAGAAGGACUAUGUUGCUGCUCAUAAUGAGGUACGUGCUGAACUAGGGCUGGGUCCGGUUCGCUGGAACGAAAAAUUGGCACUGUAUGCACGUAAAUAUAUACAAACCAAGGUUGAAACCUGCAUACUAGAGCAUUCCAAUGGCCCUUAUGGAGAGAACCUGGCGAAAGGUUCCGGUGAAGGCUUCAGCGGUGUGGACGCAGUGAAAUUGUGGGCAGAUGAGAAGCCUAACUACGACUACCUAUCUAACUCAUGUGCUGGUGGUAUGUGUGGACAUUACACUCAGAUCAUUUGGCGGGACACCAAAGAGAUUGGUUGUGCUAAAACUAAGUGCAAGGAUGGCUGGACUUACAUUAGCUGCAACUAUGACCCUCCAGGCAACUAUAUUGGGGAGCGUCCUUUCUGAGUUUAUUCUGGGUUGGGGAGUAUUCUCUGAAAGCUUUUUUGGUUAAAAAGAAUACAUGGUAGUUAAUGUCAUUAAUCAUCUGUUAAAAGGGUUUCACUAUUGCAUAGAAUUAGCAUUUUCAACAGGCUAAUUAAGUUAUGUGAAUACUCAAUAUAUAUAUGUAAUAUUGGUAUAAUCGUCAAUAAAGCUACGAACUUCCCCUGCC